AUGGGGCCUAAACGGGCGACGGGUUACAGGCGUGUGGGUGCGGGGCGCACCCAGGCGCCCACCACGCGAGGGGAGGCGAGGCCGGGCGGGGCUGUGCCCGGCGGGGGCGAGGCCACGGAGGGGCGGCGCUGGGGCGCGGGCACUGCGGCACGGGAGGGGCCGGCGGCGGAGGGCGCGGGCGCAGUGGCACAGGCGAGGGCGCAGGCUGGGGGUUGCAGCCACAGCGCUGCAGGCGGAGGCAGGGCCUGGCAGCGGCCGGAGACGAGCGCUGCAGCGGCGGAAGCAGCGGCGAGCAGAGGAGUAGGGCGGGCGAGGCCAGCGCAUGCGCGCAGGAGCGGGGCGCGCGCGUGGGAGGCCAGAUGCGCCGGACAUGGCCGAGGGAUGGGCGCAUCAACCGGGACGACGUCCGACGGCGCCGCCGUGCGGGAUUCGGCGUCCGGCGACCAAACCGAGCGCCGCGAGCACCUACAGAAUGGGGAGGCCCGCGCGCGUCCAACUGCACCAGCGACAGCGGCUAGGGUGGUCGGAAAUUACCGUGGCAACAAUGACGGGCGGUGGCCGGAGCUAGAACUCGGCAAGGUCGACCGCAAGGGGCAAGGGUCGGUGGCGGGGCUGCUUGCGAGCGCGCGUCAGGCUCCUAGGAACCCUAGGAGCUCGACGGUGAGCAUCAGCUGCGCGUGA